UCAUCACAACACAACUACCUUGAUUUACAGAGAGAUCUUCUAUAUCCAUUCACUACUCAGAAUCACCUCUUUCUAUUGUUGAUUGUUGUUUGGGUUUCGGAGAAAGAAAAUUAAGAAGAUGAGUCAUAUGGGGAAAGCUUGGUUAGUGGCAGCAAGUGUGGGAGCAGUGGAGGCACUCAAGGAUCAGGGCUUCUGCAGAUGGAACUACACUCUGAGGUCUAUUCACCAGCAUGCCAAGACCAACCUCAGGUCCUUUGCUCAGGCCAAGAAGCUCUCUUCUUCCUCUUCUGCCAUGGUUUCCAGCAGAGUGAGAGACGAGAAGGCCAAGCAGUCAGAGGAGUCUCUGAGGACUGUCAUGUACUUGAGCUGCUGGGGACCCAACUGAGGAAGAUAUAUAUAUAUCUAUGAAGGUUUUGAUCGUCCUACUAGUGAUGAAGACAGUGGAGGGGAGAGAUUGAUUUCAUGGAAUUUUUGUACAAAGACAUAUACAUGAGGGUGGAAUUGCUGUAAAUUGUAUAGUGUAUUGACGAUGGCUUUAUGAAAUACAUACAUCAUAUAGUGUUUUUUUUCUCAA